AUGGCUGUUGGAAAGAACAAGCGCCUAUCUAAGGGUAAGAAGGGUAUCAAGAAGCGCACAGUCGACCCCUUCACUCGCAAGGACGAGUACUCUGUGAAGGCUCCCUCCACCUUCCAGACCCGCGAUGUCGGCAAGACUCUGGUCAACCGCACCAGCGGUCUGAAGAACGCCAACGACUCCCUCAAGGGCCGUAUCUUCGAGGUCUCCCUCGCCGACCUCCAGAACGAUGAGGACCACGCCUUCCGCAAGGUCAAGCUCCGCGUCGACGAGAUCCAGGGCAAGAACUGCCUGACCAACUUCCACGGUCUCGACUUCACCACCGACAAGCUCCGUUCCCUUGUCCGCAAGUGGCAGUCCCUGAUUGAGGCCAACAUCACCGUGAAGACCACUGACGACUACCUCCUCCGCCUGUUCGCCAUUGCCUUCACCAAGAGACGCCCCAACCAGAUCAAGAAGACCACCUACGCCCGCUCGUCUCAGAUCCGUGCCAUCCGCAAGAAGAUGACCGAGAUCAUCCAGCGCGAGGCUUCCACCUGCACCCUGUCUCAGCUCACCCACAAGCUCAUCCCCGAGGUUAUUGGACGUGAGAUCGAGAAGUCCACCCAGGGCAUCUACCCCUGCAGAAUGUUCGUCCACAUUCGCAAGGUUAAGCUCCUCAAGUCGCCCAAGUUCGACCUCGGUGCUCUCCUCGCUCUGCACGGAGAGUCCGCGACUGAUGACAAGGGACAGAAGGUUGAGCGGGAGUUCAAGGAGACCGUCCUCGAGAGUGUUUAA